AUGCCGAAAUGGGUACUCUGUUUUCUCAAGAGCCAUCGCCAGCUCAUAACAAAGCUUGGGAAGAUCUACUUGCACGUACGUACACUACAGAGACAUCUACAACAAGCCACUGAUCAUGAAGCCAUGCACCUGUGGGCUACAAGGCACGAGCUUGAAGAAUCUAACGACAGCCCCGAUGAUCGCUUGGUUUUAGUCAAGACAGUUCCAGGCGGAGUAGGUAACGGCCGCUGGACCAGCGGGGGCUAUCUUGCCACAUUAGGCAUCUAUCAUGAACUACACUGUCUUAGACGGAUUUACUGGCACUUCUACCCAGAUGUUUACUUUGUGAACAUGACCAGCAACGCAAAAGAGGAAGAGAGAGCACAUGCAAGACACUGUAUUGACACUGUUCGCCAGUCUCUGAUGUGUUCUCCAAACCUUGGGCUAUACUCAUUCAAGUGGAUGGGUGACAAUGUCAAACCUGCACUAAAAACGGGUGCACGAAGAACAUGUGUAAAAUUGGAUCCUCUUCAUGAAUGGGCAAACUCUAGAGCUACUGGGUGGAACCCACUGGUGUGGAAACCGAAAAAUAUAACCAAGUAG